GGGGGCGGAGAUAGGAGUCACGUGGUGCCGGAAAUAAAGUGCGCAGCUGUUUAUCCAAGCGUUCAUCACUGAUCACAGAUUAAUAACACACUCCUUUACUGAAUAGCGUCGUGCUGAAACUAACGUCUGUUUUCAUCGAGUGUUGAUCGACAUGACGCUGAACCGAAACCAUCACCCAAACGGAGGAGUCCUGAUCCAGGCCGGAGAGAGCAUCUUACGAGAAUGCAAGAACGUCGAGCUUUCCUUCAGUGACAUCACGCCCAAAAACGAGCUGUUCAAGGGGACCAAGAAGGGCUCUGUGUUCCUCACCCAGUACAGGAUGGUGUUCGUCAGCAGCACGGUGAAUGAGAAGUUCUGCUCCUUCAUGUUCCCGUAUUACCUGAUGAAGAACUGCAGCAUCGAGCAGCCCGUGUUUGCUGCAAACUACAUCCAGGGGUUGAUCAAAGCCGAGGCGGGAGGUGGAUGGGAAGGUCAGGCCAACUUCAAGAUGUCUUUCCCCAGCGGAGGAGCCAUUGAGCUGGGACAGCACCUCUUCAAACUGGCCACCAACGCGUCUCGAGCUCCUCCGGCUCAGAACGGAGCGUUUGGAUUGGCUGUAGGGAUGAACGGAUACGCCAGUCCAGCCAUGCCACAGAUGCAGCCGUACCCAUAUCCCAGCAUGCCACAGGCCGGGUACAACCCCUACCCACAACCCCCUGCAGCAGGUGUGUAUCCCAGCGCUCCCAUGUACAUGGCUCCUCCUCCUCCGUACCCUGGACCUCCUCAGAACUGGUGUCCUCCUCCAGUGGCUAAUGGAAACGCUAAAGCAACAGAAGCGGCCAGCAGCGCCUUCUACAAUCCCAGCAACCCUCACAGCGUCUACAUGCCCAUGGAUCAGCCUCCUCCGUACUAUCCUCCUGAGAAUCCAGAGAAGAAGAACAACUGAGACUCGCCUGGAGGACACCGUGAUUCGCUCGUGUGAUUCGCUCG